GUCCUGACAAAGGUGAGGGCACAGAUGACCCAGAUUCCAUCAACCUCGUCAGUCCAGAGGACAACCCUGAGUCCCCUGAGUACCGCGAGUCCCAGACCUUGAGAGAGAAGGAACGGGAGAAAGUAGCACCAGGACCAGCAGAUUCACAGGGAGCAGCUCCGGAUGGAACAACCAGCGGCCCACCGGGCGAACUGGAAGAAACCAAGAAAGACACUGUGGAAGAAGAAGCAGCGGCGGCGGCGAGACCAGCACUGCGGUCUGGUGCAUCCGAGAAGCUCCAAAGCACGCCGGACAAGAAGAAUGCCGUCCAAGAUGCCCGGCCAGAUUGGGCACAGCCGAUUUUCGAGUCAAUUUCAAGUUAUUCUGAGGACGAUGACCCUGGGCCAGUGGGCAGUGCUGCCCACGAUGCCAAGGAACCACUACCAGCACAGGCAACGGAAGAAAACCGACGUGUCAGCAGAA